AUGCAGAGGCACAAACGUGAAGUUUUGCCCCUCUCCAUUGCCUUUCUUGUGCUACUCGUAGCAUUCAUCUCCCCGGCGUAUUCGCAGCACCAGCAAGCCAGCUUCAACGUGGGUGGCGGCGGCGCCCCGAAAACGCCGAGUUCUGGUGGCGACGCCGGAGCUGGAGCCGGCAGCAGCUUCGACCAGUUCAUUGCCCAGAACGUGGAGCACUACGCCGUCACCGAGCAGAUCUACGCCAGCAAGGCCAAGAACGGCACCGGCGGCAAGACGCUGGACGCCGACCUGUCAGCGGCGGAGGCCUCCAAGGUGAGGUACGUGGUGAGCCCCGACGGCAAGGGGAAGUUCAGGACCAUCACGGAGGCGAUCAAGGCCGUGCCAGAGAGGAACAAGCAGCGGGUGAUCCUCGACAUCCGGCCCGGCACCUACAAGGAGAAGGUGCUGGUCCCGAGCACGAAGCCAUUCAUCACGUUCCUGGGCAACACAAAGAACCCGCCGAUCAUCACGUGGGAUGACACAGCCGGGACGCGCGCCAAAGACGGCUCCGCCGUCGGAACCAUGGGCAGCGCUAGCGUCGCAGUCGAGGCCGACUACUUCAUGGCCUCCGGCAUCGUCUUCAAGAACCACGCGCCAUUGGCAUUGCCGGGGGCAAAGGGCGGGCAGGCGGUGGCGCUGCGCGUGUUCGGCACCAAGGCCGCCUUCUACGACUGCACCAUUGACGGUGGGCAGGACACGCUGUACGACCACAAGGGCCUUCACUACUUCAAGAACUGCGUCAUCAAGGGGAGCGUGGACUUCAUCUUCGGCUUCGGGAGGUCCCUCUACACGGACUGCACGAUCAUGUCGGUGACGAAGGAGAUAGCGGUGCUGACGGCGCAACAGCGGACCAAGACCAUCUCCGACGCCGUGGAGAGCGGGUUCUCGUUCGUGCGGUGCAAGAUCACGGGCAUGGGGCAGAUCUACCUGGGGAGAGCGUGGGGGGACUCAUCCCGGGUGGUCUACUCCUUCACCGACAUGGGGAAAGAGGUCGUCCCCGUUGGAUGGGACGGAUGGAACGUCGAGAAGCCAGCAAAGACCGGGGUAUUCUACGGGGAGUACAAGUGCACCGGGCCAGGGGCGAUGUCCACCCAGAGGAUCGGGUGGGCGCGGGUGCUCAACGACAUGCAGGCUAGGGCUUUCACCGGCUCGCACUUCGUAUACGGCAACUCGUGGAUCCUGCCCCCACCAAAGUAG